AUGAAUCCGCCGACCAACCAGGCCCGAUCCGAGAUCGAGACGGCAAUACGCGAGUUCAAGGCCGCACUAAGUAACAAUGAGUUGUACAACAAGAUAUUGGAGACGAAGACAGUAGACCAAGUCUAUGACGCACUAGAAGAUCUGCAAGAGAAACAGGCGGCGAAUAACGCGUUGGGUCAUCUGGCAAAAGUUAGCCCAUACCUAGAUCGGCUCCGCGAGUAUAGCGGGGUUCUAGACACCUUCGCUCAAGUAGAACCAGAUAUACUAUGCCUACUUUGGGGACCUAUAAAGCUGCUUCUACAAUUCGCCUCCGUGCUAAAGCAAGUGCAUCCCCGGAUCCUAGCGCUCAUAUUUCAGGACUUGCUCGACUUUUAUUCUAUCGCACUCGAGUUCUUCAAAGGCUCUCACUGGAAACUCAUGUACGAAGCCUUAUGGCCGAAGAAGCGAGCGAAAAUAAGAGUUGCCGUCUCAAAUCUCGAACGCCACUGCUCACAACUGCGGAAUCGAGUUCAAUUAGAACAUCUCCACGACGAGGCAAACGCCCGGACUCGGGCUUUCGAGCACUUUGAGAAAUCUGAGAAAGCCAAUCAAAGGGCAGAGUACAGGAGAAUCAGAGAAUCUUUCUCCCCGAAGGAAUACUACGCAGACCUAGAAAGACUUGGCAGUUUGGUAUGUAAGGGUACUGAUCACUGGCUUGAGAAAGACGAAGACUUCCUCGGAUGGCUCCAACCAUCACAGACGACAGGCCAGAUUAUAUGGCUCCAAGGAAUCCCAGGUGCAGGGAAAACAUUCCUCAGUAGUAUGGUGGUCCGUAGAGCGUUGAGCGUGGCCCCGACUCUUUUCGCUUUCCUCAGCCACAAGCUUUCUACCAGCACUACAGCACGAUCAAUCACCCACUCAUUACUAUUUCAGCUUUGCGAUAACAUUGAGGACUUGCAAGAAAUCUUAUGUGAGGAAGAAACUCAGAAGUUGAAGCUUGACCUAACAGCGAUAGUAUCUGUGUUCGGAAAGCUGCUCCGUAUCUCCGGCCCGUCUUCGUUGUGA